UUUCUUCGAACGCAACAUUAGUACUUUCAGAAAAAGACGAGAUUGCUGUUAUUCCACCACUUAGCGGAGGUUAGAAUGGUUACUCCAAAGGACAUUGUUAAACUACAACAUGAAGAGUUAAAUUUUGGAGAAAUAAUUGAUUUGGUAACAUCUCCCAAUUGUGGAGCUAUAUCCAAUUUUAUUGGUAUUACUCGCGAUAAUUUUGAUAAUAAAAAGGUUUUAAAAUUGGAAUAUGAAGCAUAUGAACCAAUGGCAUACAAGGAAAUGAAUAGUAUAUGUUCAAAAAUUCGUUCUCAGUGGAAUGUUCAUCAUAUUGCUAUAUAUCAUCGCCUGGGAGAGGUACCAGUAUCCAAAGCAAGUGUAAUGAUUGCUGUUUCUUCACCUCAUAGAGAAGAAUCACUGGAAGCUGUUAAAUAUGCUAUAAAUUCAUUGAAAGCAUCAGUUCCAAUUUGGAAAAAAGAAGUGUAUGAUACACAAGAUGCACAAUGGAAGGAAAAUCGGGAAUGUGCCUGGUCAAAUAUUGAAGAUACGAUUGAUUUACAAGAAUCAGAAAAUAUUACAAUAUCAAAUGAUACAGUAGAAACUGUAGUAGAAUAUGAUGGUGAAGAGGAGGAGGAAGAAGAAGAAGAAGAAGAAGAAGAAGAAGAAGAAGAAGAAGAAGAGGAAGAUGAAUUUAGAGUAGUAAUCGAUCCAAAUCUUGUUCAAAUUCGUGCUACACCAGACGAAUUAAAUCAUAGAAUAUCAUCUUUCAUUGAAAGAAAACGUCAACAAGUAAAUAUCGUGAAUGUACAAGAAUUUUGUUGUCACAGACACCAAAGUGAUGAAAAUGAGGAUUCAUGUGCAAGAGUAGAUGCUAUUCUUAUUCGGAGGAAAGAUUCUAAAAGUCACGUGAAAGUGCACAGAGUACUGAAUGCUUGGGGACCUCAAAUGGUUGAUCAAUAUACUUUGCGUAAGGCCACUAUGUUGGGAGCAAGUACAGCAAAUAAUUAUUCGUACGUAUUAGACGAUAGGAUCUCGACUACUGAAAGAAUUCUUGGUAUGAAUCGCCCAGUCCCCAAAGACGUAUACGAAAGACUUAAAAAUAUCGAAGAUCGAAUACUGUAUUUAGAAGGAAUAUCUCCCGAAUAUAAGGAUUUUUGGAACACAGAUGACAUUAUCAACCUUAAAGGAGUAUUUAAACCUGUCAGGAAAAGGACAUAUUCUAUGGCAGAACUUGAUUCAAAACUACAUGAAUUAGAGGAUAAAUAUGUUAAAAAAAUGAAAUAA